GACACCCUGUAGCUUUGGAUCAAAGCUCGAUUCCACCCGGAACCCGGAAACACAGAAGGCUCGACUUCAGGUGCGAGGGCACCACGCGGUUUCGCGGUGUGCGCUCGCAACCUGUCGAGAGGAAAAAAACGCGACAUCUCUGAUCGCGCGACGUACCCGUCCGUUCGCACAUUCCGCACGCACUUACACACUAUUACACACGCACGCGCACCACACGGUGCGAGUAUUGCGAGUUACAACACCCGAGAUUGUGUUGGUGAUUAAUCAAAAAAAGGCCGUUCGCGAAAAUGGCCGAUGGACGCGAGCCACGGUUGUUUUCCACGAGGAGUCUGUACCAUUUGUGCGUGUCCGCAGUGGUCGAUAGGUUCCGCGUCUACAAACCAUACCUCGUUGACCUGCCCAAGAGCGUGCGAUUCGAUCUCUACUAUCAGUUAUACACAGAGAGGAGACUAUGUAUAUUGGGGGCAGAAUUAAGCGAUCUGGAGACUUUCUCCAAGAUGCUGAAGGUCACCAAUCGUCGUUUACAACUCCUAAAAAUAUUUCAGGCGCCGAUGGAUCAUAAAAUAAGAAUAGCGAAACAUCUGGUUAUCAGUUAUAACAUGUGCUGUUUCCAAGCGAGAGAGAGUCCUUUACCUCAGGAAAUUGAUAAAUUAAUAAAUCUGGGUUUGAGACUAGGCGGAUUUCUCAGUGAUGCUGGCUGGUAUUCAGAAAGUGAAGAAGUGUUGCUAGCUUGCAAGCAAUUAUGUAUGGACAACAAUCAAACUCCCAAGGAAUGGAACAGGACAUUAGAUUGUUGUCACAAAUUGUUACAUGCACAAGCGGCAUACUGUGAUUUCGACGGAGCUGCGGAGACUCACCAGCUUGCCAUGGAAAUGAUAGAAAAGUUAAAAAGCAACCAGUACAAUAAUAGCAAUCACGCUGCCCUUUUUGCAGAAUUCAGUGUAAUAUUCUAUAUACGCAGUGAAUACGAUGAAGCUCAUAGAUGGAGCAUGAAAGCAUUAAAACAAUUAAGACCGUCGCUUCCCGCGGGAAUUAUUGUCGACGUUCUGAGACAAGCGGCGAAGUCGUGCGUCGUAAAACGAGAGUUCCAAAAAGCUGAUUUAUUAAUCAAAGAAGCUGUAUAUCUCGCGAAAGAAAUAUUCGAUACGGAUCAUCCAAAGUAUAGCGACGUUCUCAUCGAUUAUGGAUUUUUCUUACUAAACUUCGAUAGUAUCAGCAAUAGUGUAACUAUAUACAAGACUGCGUUAGAUAUUAGAAGAACGAUUUUCGGCAGGACUAAUCUUCAUGUUGCUUUGGCACACGAAGACUUAGCUUACGCUCUCUAUGUACAUGAAUAUAGUUCCGGCAGAUUUGACGAUGCAAGUGAACACGCUGGAAUAGCUAUAGAUAUUAUGGAGAGACAUUUACCCCCGAAUCAUUUGAUGCUCGCAAGCGCUAGGAGAAUAAAGGCACUUAUUCUCGAAGAAAUUGCUAUAGAUAAUGCAUCCACGCCAUUGUCGGAGCAAAAUCUUUUACUCAAGUCCGAAUGUCUUCAUUUAUCCGCUUUAGAAAUGUCGAAAACUGCAUUUGGCGAAAGAAAUGUACAAACGGCAAAACAUUACGGGAAUCUGGGUCGCUUAUACCAGAGUAUGAGGAAGUUUCAGGAGGCAGAAAUGAUGCACCUGAAAGCUAUUGGUAUUAAAGAAGAGUUAUUAGGACCUGACGAUUACGAAGUAGGCUUGAGUAUAGGGCAUUUAGCUUCAUUAUAUAAUUUUCACAUGAAUCGAUACAGAGAUGCCGAAAAGCUCUACCGUCGUAGUAUCGCUAUCAGCUUGAAGUUAUUUGGAGAAGGUUAUAGUGGUUUAGAAUAUGAUUACCGAGGACUUUUACACGUGUACAAUAAGUUAGAGGAUUACGAGAAAAUAUCAGAAUACACAGAUACAUUGAAUCAUUGGAAAGAGCUUAGAGACAAACACGCUCAAUCUGAAGAACCACCGAUCGAUGUACAAAAACGUCCACAACCAAUCGCAAAUGUAAUGAAUGUGUUCUUUUCCAUGUGAUAUAUCAAUAAGUGUGUCUAAUUCAAAUUUUAUGUCGUUGUAUGUCAUCGAGCAACUUGCUGGUCUCCGUUGCGUUUACAAGACAUUGGGCCAAAGUAGAAAGGAAAAAAGUUAUAACUGGAUUGUAUGAAAAUCAUUAUAGAAAUUUGUAAAUC